GACCCGCAACUUCCUCUUGCAUUCUGUUUACCCUCCACCGAAUCCGUAUCUCGUCAGCACAUGAUCGUGACUUCUCCCAAUUCCGUAAGUGCGUUUCUUCCCGUCCUAAACUGUGAUAUUCGUCCAAUUGGGUACAUGGACGUUGUUGCUCUGAGACAAAAGUGGGAAGCAGGCACUGCAUCACCAAACGACUCCAUCAGUAAAUACAUGACUAAGUUCAAUCAUAGCGCGUCUCAGCAUUACAUCCUCAUAACUCCCUUGAUGCCCCUUGCGCAACUGGCAGAGUUUUUCCGG